CUUGCAGGGAUACGAAGACCACGUCAGCCACUAGGAUUCACAAUCACGUCCAAGACAUGGCCUCGAGGCGACUAUAUGCGUCCACGAGUAGUGUCCGCGCAGCACAAGCUUGAAACGGUGCGAGCCUGAAAGGUAACACCCAGUCAAAGAUGCAGGAACAGCGGCGAGGCGAAAUCGCGUUGGAGCUAUCUGGGCCAGGAUGGAGGUCACGGAUAAGUGACCAGGCCUGCCUGCGCUUUGGCGCGCUUUGAGGAUGACUCUUUUACACUCGCUAAGACCUCGACAGCAGAACACCUACAUAUUCGAAUAUUCCCGUCGCUUUUCUCCUUGUACUUCUGUUUCCUCUGCCAAUGCAUCCAACAGCGAUCUGAAGUCAUGGCGGUGCGAACACAAGAGAAGCCUCACAAGGCCGAGGAUGAGGGCGAUGUCUCGCACUGCGUACACAAUCUAAUAGAAGCAUUCACAAAUGGACUCAACAUAUUUAAGCGCUUGCGCGAAAGAAGAACAAAACACAAAGCACGUAAAGAAAUCCAAGCCCCAGAGCCCAUCAACAGUGCAGAGCUGCAGCUGUCCAACUCAUUGCGUAGAGGACCACAAGACCUAUCGGAGAGGUAUGAAGACUGCUAUGGACAGAGGGGCAUGGGGUCCAGAUUCGCAAAGGGAGAUUCAAUCGCUCAUGCAUCUCUUGCCGAAAUAUUGAUGAGGCUCAAUACAGGCCUCGUAGGCAUUAUCACCGCUUUCUUGCACCAUGAACAAAAAGGCACCCACGGGCACAUGAAGAUGAACUACAAGUCUUUGACAGAUCUAUCCGAGGCCUCAAGGCGAGAUGCGCUGACGAGUAUGAGCCAACUGUACCAGCGACUGAGCCAUUCGCAAUUGCAAAUCCACCCGGCGCUGAGGACCAAAACACCACUAUAUGUUGAGUCCUCAGGCAACAGCUCCGACUCCAGCAAGGAUACCAAAAAGUCUACUGCAUCAAAGCGCCGCCCAAGCGGCUCGCACGUGACGAAGAUGGCCACCAAGAGCUCCAGCCAACCUCAGCUUUGCAUGGUCCGGUCCAAGUCAAGAAACACGACGAGAAGAGACAGCACAUCCAAGUCCAGCACCUCGAAGCCCAGUUCAAAGUCGACCUCGCCCCACGCAUCGCCAUACAUUUCGCCCUUGCAAUCGCCAGUGCCCGAAUACGCCGUGCUAGACCCUAUGAUAUUCAACAGACCAGACAUGAAGAGCGGGCCACAAGCGCCUCUCCCGCUUUCCCAUAGCGAUCGCAAGCGCAUCGACUCCCUCGACGUCGUCUGCCCAGCUGCUUGGUCACCCUACGCGCAACCCUACGACUACUUCAGCUUCAUGCCUGAGCAGAGUCACCAACCGACCCCUAAACUCCCAGAUUUCACCUCCACCCCACGACGCCCCUCAACAUCUAAUCCCAAAAACUCGACCUCGUCCCCUAAGAAACAGCAACCACCACCUGUCCCCGCCAAGCCGUCCGCGCUCAGCAACAGCAAGCUCGACGCCAUGUCUGUCGCAUCCGCGAUACCAUCACCACUACACCCAACGCCCAUGAAAAGACGACUCGAUAAAAUGACGCUGAGCUCGUACACUUUUGCCAGCGAUAGCACGAAGUUGGGCGAGAUUCCGGAGACGAGGUGGGCGAAGCCCUGGGAUUACGAGAGAGCGGAAAUGCUAAACAACAUGGCGGCUGCGGCGGCGAAGGUAAGGGUUCCAAGCCCGGCACAGGAAGAGAAGGGGAAGAGCAGAGACAAGGAGAGGGAGAAGAAGGGGUUAAAGUUUUGGAAGAGGGGAGAGAUGGUUUAGGGUUGAGAGGACAUGGAUGCGAGAGAUGGAGAGGUUUUAUUUGACUUUCUGUAAGGUGUUGGCGCUCUGCCUUUUCUGUUUCUCGGAUGCUCGGUGUUCUGUUUCGGAUGUAUCCUGUUUUGAUUUACUGCGCUCGUGAUUCACGUUUUUGAUGACUGACGAUUUAACGGCCUGUGGCAUGAGCGAUAUAUACCCGCAUCGUUGUAGUGAGCGUUCUAGCAUAGUUAUUUGUACAUCAAUAUUGAUUUCGUUCUUCACUCG